AUGCAAUUGCUGUUGUUCCUCUAUCAGCAGCUCAUGCAGGCAAAGAUUGACAAAGGCAAAGACUUACAGACUGGCUUCAAUGCCAUCAAAGCAACCAUUGCAAAGAUUACCACGCUAGGCAAGACUGUGAGCAACUUUAUGCUUGCACAAAUUAUUAUGAACACACUCCCACCAUCCUACACAAUUGUCAACACCAUCCUCCAAAUGUCACUGAACAGAGGAGCUAUCACAGCCAAGGCCAUACAGAACACAGCCUAUGCCAAGGAGGAAUGGUGUUGCAAAGGAGGCAGAAUCACUGCAAUGUUUGCACAAUUGUCCAAAGGGAAUUCCACAGGCAAGAAGUUGUCAGGUAACAAUGGCAAAGGGAAGAAGAAGGCCGCAGGCCCUCCUUGUGAAAAUUGCAGGAAAUCCAGACACACCAAGCAGGAAUGUUGGUUAAAGGGUGGAGGAGCGGAAGGCACAGGACCGCAGCAAAAGCAUCAGAACUCAAAGCAGUCAAAUCAGAAAACAAACAAACCUGCAUCAAUGUCUAAGAACAACACUGCAAAAGUUGCUAUUACUGACAAACCGUCCACCUCUGCUACCAGGACUAGGCUAUAUGCACUCUUAGCGUUGGAUACCUGCCUUCACAACAACAAUGUCUGGCUACUUGAUUCAGGGGCGUCAAUACAUAUGACACCAAAUUGCAACUGGUUCUUCACUUACCAAUGUCUGAACCCACCAACCUUAAUUUGA